AAAAAAAAAAAAAAAAAAAAACGGAAAUGGCUUUUAUGUUAAAAGAUUCUCCCGAAUGUACUAAAUCAGAAUUAGAACUUUUUCACAUACCUGGAACUCAGACUGUCAUUCAAAAUGGGCAAUGGAUUCAGUUUCAUCCACUUUCGAAUGUAUUUGAUGGAGGACCUGUUGAAUUCCUUGUUUCCGGUAGUGGAGAGGAGUAUAUGGACUUGUCCCAAACACUUCUUUAUGUAAAAGCUAAAAUAAUAAAAACGGAUGGAAAACCUACAGUAGCAGAUUCAAAGAUUGGUCCCGUCAAUCUUUUCCUUCACUCGCUGUUUUCUCAAGUGGACGUCACUCUAAACGAUCGAUUAAUCUCUUCUUCGAGCAAUACGUAUCCAUAUAGAGCUUAUAUAGAAACUCUAUUAAAUCAUGGGUUUGACAGUAAAACUUCGCAACUUACAUGCGAAAUGUUCUACAAAGAUACAUUUAGUAAAAUAUUUACAGAUAACGAAGGUUGGAUUAAGCGUUCCGAAUUUUUUAAAUUAAGUAAUACAAUAGAUAUGAUAGGGGGCAUUCACUGCGAUUUGUUUCAUCAAGAUAGACUAAUGUUGAACCUUGUAGAUUUGAAACUAAAACUUAUACGGAGUAAACCCGAAUUUUGUUUACAUGGUAACGAAGGACACAAAGUGGUAUUGGAUCAUGUUUCCCUUUUCGUUCGAAAAGUUCGCGUCAGUCCAGGUAUUACUCUCGGACAUGCCAAAGCUUUAGAAAAAGCGACAGCAAAAUACCCCAUUAACAGAGUGUUGUGCAAAGUAUAUUCUGUACCGCAAGGCAGCAUGUCUAUCGUACAAGAUAACGUCUUCGUCGGGCAGAUGCCAAAACGGGUGAUUGUUGGAUGCGUAGAUAAUGAUGCUUUUCACGGAACUUAUAAGAAAUCACCUUUCGAACCUGUGCCUUACAAUCCUCUCGAGCCGAAUUUUGAUGAAAAUAAUUAUAUUCGAGCUUACCAAAGCUUAUUUCUCGGAAGAGAGAAAGUGAGUCAAGAUCAUCAUGGUAUUUUUAUAUCGAGAGACGAUUAUCCCUUAGGUUAUACAUUAUAUGCCUUUGAUUUGUCGCCUGACUUAUGUGAUGGAGAGCACAUGAAUCUAAUAAAACACAGCAAUUUACGUCUAGAAAUGAAAUUUAGAGCACCACUAUCACAAACAAUAUCUGUUAUAGUGUACAGCGAGUUUGAAAAUAUAAUCGAGAUUAAUAAAUCCAGAACUGUUAUUUACGACUUUGCAAAUUAAGAUGUACGCCCUUCAGCUUCAUCACAUAUUGUCUCAAGACAUGGACACUGCUCCGUACUUCCAAGGAGUAUUUCCUUCUGACAUGAUACCUAUGCCUGGAAAACGAUCUGCUAUGGUAAUAAAUGUAUCACCCUCUACAGAAAAUGGAACGCAUUGGCUUGCCCUGUUUAUAGAAGAUAAAGCCUUGGAAUUUUUCGAUUCUUACGGAGAGCCUCCGGAGUUUUAUGGAAAAAACAUCGAGAAUUUUGUGUCACAUUUUCGUGUAACUCAUUAUAAUAAAAUUCGAUUUCAAAGUUUAACAUCUAAUGUAUGUGGACAAUACUGCAUUUAUUUUUUAUUAAAAAGAUGCCAGGGCAAAUCUAUGUAUGAUAUUUUAUAUAAUCUUUCUUUGUGUAAAAGCAAUGAUUUUAGAAUAUACCAAUUUGUUAAAAAGAAAUAUGGUCUUAGAAUGACAUUUAAAAAAUAAAGGUUAGAUUUUGAUUUGGAAA